AUGGUGCGGAUUUUCAUCAAGGGUGGAGUGUGGAGGAAUAGCGAAGAUGAAAUACUCAAGGCGGCGGUCAUGAAAUAUGGCCUCAACAACUGGAGCCGUGUUGCCUCCCUCCUGGUAAAGAAAUCUGCCAAGCAGUGCAAAGCCAGAUGGUACGAGUGGCUGGAUCCCAGUGUUAAGAAGACAGAAUGGACUCUCGAGGAGGAGGAGAAACUCCUCCACUUGGCCAAAAUCAUGCCUUCUCAGUGGCGCACCAUUGCACCUAUUGUUGGACGCACAGCCUACCAGUGUCUCAUGCACUAUGAGGAGCUUCUGGAUCAAGCACAGGGCAAACACGUUCUCAUGGCGAACACACUCUAUUUGUUUGCUGCAGAGGGGAUGGAGGUUGCAGCACCUCCGACUUUUUUCGUGUUGCAGCGGGGGAGAGAAGACCCACGGAGAUUGAGACCAGGGGAGAUUGACCCUCACCCUGAGACAAAGCCGUCUCGUGCAGAUCCGAUUGACAUGGCGGAGGAUGAGAAGGAAAUGCUUGAAGAGGCCAGGGCCCGUCUAGCGAACACGCGUGGCAAGAAAGCCAAGCGGAAGGCUAGAGAAAAGCAGCUUGAGGAGGCUCGCAGGUUAGCGGCUCUGCAGAAGAAGAGGGAACUGAAGGCGGCUGGAAUCAUCACUGGGGCAAAAAGAAGAACGAGGAAGAAUUUCCAGCCAUACGAAGAGGUUCCAUUCGAAGAAAAGCCUCCCCCAGGGUUUUACGAGGUACCAUCAGAAGAGAAUCCAGAGGGCAAUCUGAACUUUGCCAAUAUCAGCCUUCAACACAUGGAGGGGCACAUGCGAGCACGGGAGGAAGAGAAGCUUAGAAAAGAAGAUGCAAGGAAGCUGAAGCGGCUCCGCGAAGACCAUCUUGAUGAAUACCUGAAAAUGCAGGAAGAAAAGCUACAACGGGAAGCCAUUGCUAAGAAAAUGAAGCUCAACCUACCCGAACCCAUGCUGAAGGAACAUGAACUGGAGGAGUUGGUACGGCUUGGGGCCGAGGCCUCUCUCCUGACGGGUUCAGAUGGGCAUGACGAGACGUCCACUCUACUGGCACAAGGUCUGUCAACUCCGUCUACGGUUAUUUCCCGCCUUCCGCGACGGUCAGAACGUGUACAGCAGGAGGCGCGCAAUGCGCUUGCUCUUCUUGGGGUCCAAACGCCGCUGGAGGGAGAGGAAAAUGCCCAAAUUGAGGAAGUUCCGGGAGGGAAGGGACUGACUCCUGGUGACGUUCGAACGCCGAAUGCUUUACAGCAGCAGCUCCGUGGAAGCCGGUUGACUGGCACCAUAUCUGACACGCCAUUAACUGCAGCCACUCGCAUUACCUCAACAGGUCACGGCACCAGCGCCACCCCUCUAAACGACCCGUCCGACGUUGGGUCUACCUCAGAGGGUGGCGGGAUGGGUUCGAAAGCAGAGUUGCAGCUCGCUCGUCUCCAUGCGAGGACUUCGCUUGCCUCCCUUCCUGCCCCCCGCAAUGAUGUCACGGGACAAAUUCCGGACGACAUUACUGAGGAGGAAAAGGAGCUUCUUGAAUCCGAAGCUGAUCUUGACAUGGAGGAGGUGGAAAAGCGCAGGGCCCAACGCGCAGCUGAGGCAGAGCGACGGCGUUUCCUGGAGCAGACCCAAGUGAUGCAGCAGCAGCUUCCUAGGCCCAUCCUUCCUCCGUCUAAACCGUUAAGCGCAUCUAUCGACCCUGCGACUGCAGUUGCUGCGGCUGUCCAGCAGCAACUGCAACAGGAUGACGAUACGAUCAUUACGGAGGAUGAGAAGGAUGCGGCGGUUGCCGCAAUUUCUGAGGCCGCCUCUCUUACUGAAAACGUUAUGAGUUUGCUCGUUCAACACGACUGCUACGAGCAUCCAUUUCGAGGAGUCAACAAAUUCGACAGUAGUAUCGUCAUGGUGUGGUAUGCCCUCGCUUUGGGGUGCAGUAUGAAGAAGACAAACACCAAAAGUGCCACCAAGGUUAUGCAGUUGCAUGUGUACGGGCAGGCGGCUAGAGAACUUGUGGAAACGGAGUUGGCCUCUUGGGGCUUGGACGAAAACUACCCGAGGCUGGACAAGCUUGUCUACACACUAGAGACGCAACUGGUCUUCAAUCCAGCCUCCAAAUCGUACGUCUCUUCGUCUACCUUGAGCCCGAGUGAACGACUGCAAGUGUAUGCACACCAAGUUGAAACGUUGAAAACUGGUCUGGCUGCAGCUGUCCAGCGAACCAAGAAGCUAGAGAAAAAAUACAAGGUGCUGACGACUGGCUAUACCAACCGUCAGAAGGAACUCGCCAAAGCAAUUGGCGAGAAAAGCGCUGAAUUGUUGCAACUCAAUGCCCGCAUUGCAUCCUUCACUAGACUGCACGAGUCGGAGAGGAAAGCGGUGAGGAGUAGGACUGAAGAAAAGCGGGUGGAAGUCUUACGGGAACGCGCCAAACAUCUUUUUCUUCAGGUGCGCCUUCAGCUAUUCAAUGCAGGCUGUUGA